AUGAACAGUAAUCUUUCAAAUGUGGUACUUCUUGGACAAUUCAAUCCAAAAACUGACAAGUGGUGUGAUUAUAAGGAACAAUUACUAUGUGCUUUGGACGUGGCGGGCGUGGCGCAGGACCUGGACCGGGCGCGCUCGUUGUUCCUGUCCCAGUGCGGCAAGGACACGUAUUCUCUCAUCGCAUCACUUCUGGUCCCGCUGAGGCCUACUAGUGCUUCAUUUGAGGACAUUAUCAGAGUUUUGGACCAGUUUUUUGAGCCGGAAGUAAAUGAAAUUUUACAAGCGGGAAAGUUUCAUAAACGCAUACAAUUACAACAAGAGAGCGUGCAAGAGUUCAUCGGUGCUAUAAGUCUGCUCGGUGCUAAAUGCAAUUUUGCCGAUCUUAAGCGACAAUUGAGAGAUAGACUAGUACUUGGGGUGCGUGACGAUCGCCUGCGACGCGAGUUGUUGAAGACCAAGGACCUCACGUAUACGGGGGCCGUGCAGUAUUGUCUUAACUACCAGGCGACGUUCGCAGACCUGUACCCCGACGCGCGUGCUAGUACAUCUAAGCAAACUCCACAUAAUGAAAGUGAUCAAAUGGAAAUUGAUAAAAUACAAUCAGUUAAUUGCAAACAUUGUGCCCGGGUUCACAAACCAAAUGAGCGGUGCCCUUUUAGUAAGGCUCAGUGUUAUUAUUGUAAGCGACACGGACAUAUUGCUUCGGCUUGCAAUAAGAGACAAGGUAAGGUCCAUAUGACUGAAGAGGAGUGUUCAUGCCACUCUAACCCAGAUCAGGAAGACAUGAUGAAUGGAAUCUAUGUUUGUACUGAAGAUUAUUGUGAACCGAUUAAAGCAAAUGUGGAUAUCAAUGGUGCCAAAUUAUUAAUGGAAAUAGAUUCCGGAGCUUCUAGGACUAUAAUAUCUGAGGAGACAUUUAAAAAGUUAUGGUCCAGUCCACCCCCAUUGGAUGUCACAAAUGUGAAACUAGUAACGUGGAACCGUUCCCCUUUAAAAGUCUUAGGGCUGUUGCAUGUACGAGUGGUUUUAGGCGACAAAGAGGCCCAGUGUGAACUGUUGGUGGUCUCGGGCCGCGGACCGAGCUUGGUUGGUAGGAACUGGUUUAAGAAGCUGGGGCUACGGGUGGAUGGCGUGGGCUGGUCAGAAGAGGAAAUAGCUGAGUGGAAGAAUAAAUACCCAGAUUUGUUUAAGGAGGGUUUGGGAGAGUACACCGGGCCACCAGUAUCACUGCAUGUGCGACCCGGGGCAGCGCCACGAUUCAUGAGAGCGCGUCCUGUACCGUUCCCCCUAAAACAACAAGUGGAGGAUGAGCUACGCCAAAUGAUUAAGGAUGGCGUACUAACACCAAUCAACCACUCAAAGUGGGCUACUCCUUUAAGGAUUGUUAAAAAAGAUAACGGAUCUUUGCGUAUUUGUGGAGACUAUCGUGCCACGGUGAACGCAUCAAUUGAUGUUGACACAUACCCGCUCCCUACAUCGACGGAGGCAUUCGUGAACCUCAGUGGGGGAAGCAUUUUCAGCAAAUUGGACUUGAAACAGGCGUACACCCAGCUCAAGGUUGACGAUAAUACUGCGAUGCUGCUAACACUAAACACACCCAUAGGUCUUAUGAAGGUAAAUCGUCUGGCUUAUGGAGUGAGCGCCGCGCCUGGCAUCUUCCAAAGGCUUAUGUCUACCACCCUGGCAAACAUGGAAGGAGUCGCGUGUCUUCUAGACGAUGUAGCCGUCACGGGGAGAAACGUGGAGGAGCAUAACCAGAGAUUGAACGCAGUGCUGGAAAAACUUCAAGAUAUGGGUUUUCGACUAAAUGUCGAUAAAUGCGUCUUUGCUUCACGGAGUAUUACCUUUUUAGGUCAUAUGCUGGACGCUGAAGGACUCCAUCCAACUCCGGAGAAAGUAGAAGAAAUUCAGGCAACAUUACUUGAACCAUUGUACCGGUUGCUGGAAGCGAAAUCACCGUGGACCUGGGGUGACAAGGAACAAGCCGCUUUUAAUAAGGCUAAGAGUCUGUUGUCUUCGGAUUGUACGCUAGUCGGAUAUGAUCUAAAUAAAGAAUUAUUACUGGUUUGCGACUCGUCAGAUUAUGGUUUGGGAGCCGUGUUGGUGCACACUAUGGAAGAUGGAUCUGAACGCCCUGUGAUGAUGGCGUCGCGAACAUUACAGCCACACGAGAGACGCUACGGACAAAUUGACAAAGAAGCACUCGCAAUAAUGUUCGGGCUAUCUAAGUAUCAUCAAUUUCUGGCCGGACGAAGAUUUUGCAUCAUCACCGACCACAAACCCUUAGUUGGUCUAUUCAACCCGGAAAAACCAAUCCCUGACCAAAUAGCGCCUAGAAUGUUACGGUGGUCGCUAAAACUUAACGGAUACAGUUAUUCUAUAAAAUAUCGACCAGGCAAGCUGAUUGGAAACGCGGACGCUUUAAGCAGAUGGACACAACCGGAGACAUUUUCUGCUGACCCAAAUAUAGACUGUCUUGGCGAGGUACUUUUGCUAGAAGAGCAACCGCCGGGUUGGAACCUGGAUGUGAAAACCAUUGCCCAAGAAACAAAGAAAGAUCAAAUGCUACAGAAGGUGUUGUUUAACGUACUCCAUGGAUGGCCGCGUUCCAAUACAGAUCCGGAAAUGCAACCAUAUUGGAUCCGUAGAGAGGCUCUUUCACACAAUAAAAAUUGUUUAUUGUGGUGCAACAGAGUUGUCAUACCUACAUCGCUUCACCAAAGAGUACUUAAAUUGCUACAUGCUCCUCACGCGGGGAUCGUACAGACAAAAGCAUACGCCAGAGGGUACCUUUGGUGGGCCGGCAUGGACAAAGAAAUUGAGAAGGUGGUGGCUGAGUGCGAAGAUUGCCAGUCUGUGAGAAACAAUCCACCUAAAGAUCCGCAAAUAUGGGUUAUGCCUGAAAAACCGUGGAGUCGACUGCACAUAGAUUUUGCUGGUCCCUUCCAGGGAAAAACCUUCUUGCUGUUAAUCGAUUCUUACAGCAAGUGGAUAGAAGCAGAAAUAGUUCCAUCUAUGAGCUCAGAUUCGAUAAUCACAAUUUUGAGACGCAUUUUCGCUUCGCAAGGUUUGCCGGAGGUUUUAGUGUCGGACAACGGCAGGACAUUUACGUCCGAGGACUUCAAUUUAUUUUUGAGUAGGAACCAUAUCAAGCACAUAUUUACUCCGCCCUACCAUCCGGCUUCGAAUGGUCAAAUAGAACGGGCCGUGCAGACAUUUAAAAAUAAAUUGAAGAAAAUGGCUGCUACAAAUAUGACUUGGAGUGAGAAACUGGCGAAAGCUUUAUACGCUUUGCGAACCGUCCCUAACAGCUCUACCAAUAAAACACCGGCUGAAAUGCUUAACGGCCGCAAAUAUAGAACAGCUAUAUCAAGUUUACACCCAGAGAGCACGCCAAGCCGUGCGGAACAGCAGCUGGAACAGGCAGCGCAGCGGCCGUGCGCGCGUGCCUUCAGUCUGCAUCAACCUGUCCUCGUGAGAAUGUACACGCCAGGAACUAAGUGGGCAAAGGGCGAGGUUGAAACAAUAGAGGGACCGAGCACUUAUGUGAUAAGAACGGAAGAUGGAGAGCUGCAUCGUCGCCAUGCUGAUCAAAUAAUAGGUCGAGCGCAGAGACAUACGAUGACAGCUCCUGCUUGCGAUCAACAACCGCUUGAAUUUGGGUCUCAGUCUUCAACCGAAGAGGAUCCUUAUAUUGAGAUACCGCCGCCUGAGUUAUGGCCCGACAUCAUAGGAAUUCCUAAUGAUUAUUAA